CCCUUCCUUCUUCGCCGAUCCCGUUGCCCACCCCAAGCACGCGCGACGCCACGCCGCCACGCCGCCACGCCGCCACGCCGCCACCGUCUUCUCCGACGCCUCUUCCUCCUCCUCUCCAAACUCCGGCUCCAGAGGCGGAAUAGCAAUCGGACUUAACCCUUCGCAUUCUCUCACCGAGGAUCGCGCAAAUCCCCCUCCCCGCUCCGUGCUCUUGCGUCGACGUCUUCUGUUUCUCCCAGCCACACCACUACGAGACAGGAAAGGCGUGACCUCCCCAUCCUCUCCGACUCUCCGUUACUGGCGUGGGGGAGAAAUACAGCCGAGUAGGUUGACAAUGGCAAUCGAUCAGGAACAAUCGCACAAGUCCCAUCGAUCACAUAAAGCGGGUGCUUCUGCCAAAAAGAAGAGCAAGAAGGGAAAUUCAGAGGAAGAUGGAAAGAAUAAAAAUCCAAAGGCAUUUGCUUUUAAUUCGGCUGUGAAGGCCAAGCGACUUCAGUCUCGAGCUGCAGAGAAAGAACAACGCAGGCUUCAUGUUCCCACCAUAGAUCGUUCUACUGGGGAGCAACCUCCUUUUGUUGUUGUUGUGCAGGGACCUCCCAAGGUUGGGAAAUCUCUUCUGAUUAAAUGUUUGGUAAAGCAUUACACUAAGCACAAUCUUUCUGAAGUUCGUGGUCCAAUUACUGUCGUGUCAGGAAAGUCAAGGAGGGUGCAGUUUAUUGAGUGCCCAAAUGAUAUUAAUGGUAUGAUAGAUGCAGCAAAAAUUGCUGACCUUGCACUGAUGCUAGUUGACGGUAGUUAUGGUUUUGAGAUGGAAACGUUUGAGUUCCUUAAUGUGUUGCAAAAUCAUGGUUUCCCAAAGGUUAUGGGAGUUCUUACACAUAUUGACAAGUUCAAGGAUGUUAAAAAGUUGAGGAAAACAAAACAGCGAUUGAAGCAUAGAUUUUGGACCGAGAUUAGAGAUGGCGCAAAGUUAUUCUAUCUAUCUGGGCUAAUUCAUGGAAAGUACCCAAAACGUGAAACUCACAAUCUUGCAAGGUUUAUCUCAGUAAUGAAAACCCAACAAUUGUCUUGGAGAUCUUCUCAUCCUUAUAUAUUGGUAGAUCGCUUUGAAGAUGUCACCCCUCCUGAAAGAGUGCAUGCAAAUAUGAAAUGUGACAGGAACAUCACGUUGUAUGGCUAUCUCCGAGGUAGCAAUAUGAAGAGAGGGACCAAGGUGCAUAUUACUGGUGUUGGUGAUUUUGCAUUAACUGGAGUAGCUAGCCUGGCUGAUCCCUGUCCUUUACCCUCAUCUGGCAAAAAGAAGGGUCUGCGUGACAAGGAAAAAUUAUUCUAUGCUCCUAUGUCGGGUCUUGGGGAGCUGCUUUAUGAUAAGGAUGCGGUGUAUGUAAACAUAAAUGAUCAUCUUGUUCAGUUUUCUAAAGUUGAUGAAGAAACUGGCUCCUCUGGGAAAGGAAAACCUAAUGAUGUUGGAGUAACAUUGGUAAAAACACUUCAGCAGACUAAAUAUUCCAUUGAUGAGAAGUUGGAACAAAGUUUCAUAAAUCUUUUCAGUAGAAAAAAGCCUCCUGCUUCCGAUAAUGGCCAUGCAAAGGGUAAUGUACCGGAUGAACAGCGCCAUGAUGGGCACAGUGGGGGACACGUUAGCAUCCUGGAAGAGGAUGCUAAUCAUUCUGGUGAUGAAGUAUCAGAGGAUGAUGAAGCUGGGAAAAACAAUCUCACAGGAGAUAGUGAUUCUGAUGGUUUUGAUGAAGGGAAUGAUUAUGCCACGGAUGAUGAUCUUGAAGAUGAUGAACAGAUGAAUCCAUUCAGCCAUGAUCUCAAUGAAGAAGUUGAACUUCAUAAUGGAAGGUUAAGGAGAAAGGUGACCUCAUCUAGCUUUGGAAAUAAUGAUCAUUUACAGGAUUCUGGAGAUGAUUUGCAAGAGUUUGAUGAUGACAGUGACAACGAUGGUGUUCAUGAUGAUAAAUUGCAUUCUAGUUCAGAAUCUUCUGAGGGUGAUGAUGAUCUCAACUCAGGUGAUGAAGCUGACCAUUGUUCAAAGUGGAAAGAAUCAUUGCUUGCUAGGGCAAUGUCAAGAAAAAAUGGUAACCUAAUGCAACUUGUAUAUGGACCCAGCCUACCAGUAUUGUCUACCACUUCAAGGGAUGCAGAUGACAGUAGUGAGAAUGAUGAAGAGUUUUUCAUGCCAAAAGGAGAGAGAACAAAGAAAUUAGGGGACAACCUGAGUGGUGAUAAUCUCAAUGCUGAAGAUAGCUCAAAGUUCACCAACACUCACCUUAAGAAUUGGUCUGAUGAAGACCUUAUAAAAUCUGUCCGUGAUCGCUUUGUAACAGGAGACUGGUCCAAGGCGGCGCAACGAGGUGAAGGGGAAGGUAUGGGAGAUGAUGGAACAGUUUUUGGUGAUUUUGAAGAUUUAGAAACUGGAGAAGUGUUCAAGGAUAUUCCAGGAGAUAAUAAUAAUGGUGGUAGCAAAAAUAUUAUCAAGGGGAAUGACCCUGAAAUGGAAGAGCGAAGACUUAAAAAGCUUGCUCUCCGUGCAAAGUUUGAUGCCCAAGCUAAUGGAUCUGACUUAUCUGAUGAAGAAGAUCAUAACAAAAAGAAAUUUCAUCAAAAUCAAGCUGGUGAGGCUGGUGGAUAUUUUGACAAAUUGAAGACUGAGAUUGAACUUCGCAAACAAAUGAACAUAUCUGAGCUUGCUGAUCUUGAUGAUGCAACUCGUAUAGAGGUGGAGGGCUUCAAAAUUGGCACUUAUAUGAGAUUAGAAAUUCAUGAUGUUCCAUUUGAGAUGGUUGAGCAUUUUGAUCCCUGCCACCCUAUCAUAGUUGGAGGUGUUGGUCUUGGCGAGGACAAUGUUGGAUAUAUGCAGGUUCGGUUUAAGCGGCACCGAUGGCAUAGAAAAAUUCUUAAGACACGUGAUCCAAUUAUAAUAUCAGUUGGUUGGAGGCGGUACCAGACAGUUCCUGUGUAUACCAUCGAGGAUAGAAAUGGGCGCUACCGCAUGCUGAAAUACACACCAGAGCAUAUGUUUUGCUUAGCCAUGUUUUGGGGUCCUCUUGUUCCUCCUCAAACUGGAGUACUUGCACUGCAGACCUUAAACAAUCAAGCUGGAUUUCGAAUUGCUGCUACAGGCACAGUGCAAGAAUUCAAUCACGAAACAAAGAUAAUGAAGAAGAUCAAACUUGUUGGUCAUCCAUUAAAGAUAUUCAAGAAGACAGCACUCAUCAAAGACAUGUUCACUUCUGACUUGGAAAUUGCUAAAUUUGAAGGUGCAGCUAUUAGGACUGUGAGUGGCAUAAGAGGGCAGGUUAAGAAGGCGGCGAAGGCUGAAUUAGGCGACAAGCCAAAGCAGCGAUGGGAGAGUGGGAAAGAAGGGGUUGCAAGGUGCACAUUUGAAGAUAGAAUUCUAAUGAGUGACAUUGUUUUCCUGCGGGCAUGGACUCAUGUAGAGGUUCCACAGUUCUAUAACCCUGUCACUACAUCCUUGCAACCAAGAGAUCAAACAUGGAAGGGCAUGAAGACGAUAGCCGAGCUUCGGCGCAAAAACAACCUUCCCAUACCGCACAAUAGGGAUUCAGAUUACAAGCCAAUUGAGCGGAGGCCAAGAAAGUUCAAUCCUCUGGUGAUCCCAGCAAGAUUACAAGCUGCUCUGCCUUUUGAGUCCAAACCAAAAAACAAACUACCUCGUAAGCGACCACUGCUUGAGAAUCGCCGUGCUGUGGUAAUGGAACCUCAUGAACGAAAGGUUCAUGCUCUUGUCCAAAACCUUCGGGAGAUCAAGAGUGAGAAGACGAGGAAGCUGAAGCUCAAGGAGCAAGAAAAAAGGAAAGCAUAUGAAGCAGAAAAACUGAAAGAUGAGCAGUUAUCGAAGAAGAGGCAAAGAGAAGAGCGACGAGAACGUUAUCGCUUGCAAGACAAAAAGAGAAGAAAAUCAUAAGCAACAAAAUAGUUUGUUUGGCAAAUGUAUGCCAUAUACCGGUCCAUGCUGGCGGCUCAAAUAGAGUUGUACUCAUAUGAGAAUGUUUGAUUUGUAACAAGAUAAUACUAAUAUUAUACUUAUUUUUAUUUAAUUUUAGUUCAAUUUCA